UUCCAAGUUAUGACCAUGUUCAUUAUCUGGACUCUCUCUGUGGUUCUUCUCAUCAGCUCGGCCCAACUAAACAGUGCUGUUCUGAUCUAUGGAAAAGUUGGUGGCUCCAUUGUUCUGAAUCCAGGUCAGAUUUCAGAGACCAUCCUGACAGCAACAUGGAAGCACAACACAGACCUUGCCUUGGAGUGGUUUGGGCAGGAAAUUUAUAGUUACAGAAGUUUUCAAGGUCGCUGUGACUUUGAUAAAACAAGUGGAAGUUUGACCAUCAACAGUCUGACUCUAGAGGACAGCGGCAGCUACACGCCUGAGAUCAACAACAAAGUUCUGGCGAAAAAGAAACUCCAGGUUAUCAAACCGGUCCCAAAACCCACAGUGUCCAUAAAGUCCAACCAUGAGAAGGAUGCCUGGAGUCUCACCUGUGAAGCCCAAGUCACUGCUGACUUUGGACCUGUGACGUAUAAAUGGAAAACAGGUGACACAGAGUUGUCCACCGACAAGGAGCUGCUGAUAACAACGGAGAAUAAGGAAAGCUCCUUUUUCUGUGAGUUGGUAAACCCUGUCAGCAGCAGCUCCAGUGAAACAGUGGAAAUACCCUUUACUAUAGAGAAUCCUGCUUUAGCAGUGGCUGUAGCGGUUGGGAUCAUCCUGCUGGUUGCAGCAGUGAUUGGAGCUGUUUCCUUUUCUAUCUGGAAAUGUGAGGAGACUGCACAGAAAAUAUAA